ACAGGCCACACCUACUGAGCACUUCAGUAAGCAACACUAUGCAAACCGCAGUAAAAGCAUACGGUCUGUGGCUCAAAUCCAGGAAGUAAACAUUCUGCUCUACUCCUGUCUCAUGCACACAAGAGACCCGGCUCACUAAGCACACAAAGGAAAGUGUAAAAACAUAAAGACUAACAUGAAGAUUGCAUCCUUUAACGUCAGGCGUCUGGGUUCGAGUAAGCUGUCAGACGAGAGUACUAUAAAGUACCUUAUAAAGAUUGUGUCUCGCUAUAGCAUAAUUGUGAUCCUUGAAGUAGUGGACAAGUCAGGAAAGGCCAUGGCUAAAUUCCUGCACAAGCUGAACAGCACAGGCAAUAACAAGAAGCGUCCUUACCGCAUGGUAAUAAGUUCCAGCCUGGGCCGCUCACUUUACAAGGAGCAGAUUGCGUGCCUCUACAGACCAGACCAAGUCCAGCUGAUUGACACAUACCAAUAUGAAGACAAUCAGGAAGGAGACGAGGACGCCUUCUCACGAGAGCCCUUCAUUCUGCGUUUCGGCUUACCUGACAGAAUGGUAAAUGACCUGGUUUUGAUCCCAGUCCACACAAAACCCAAAGACUCGGAGAAAGAAAUAGAUGAGCUGUAUGAUGUGAGCAUGGCUGUCAGGAAGAAAUGGAAGACUAAUAAUAUAAUGAUCCUGGGCGACUUUAAUGCUGAUGGAGCGUACGUCUCCAAGAAGAAGAUGAAGAAAAUCAGGAUCCGUACUGACGAAGACUUCCACUGGCUGAUAGGGGACGAUGUGGACACCACAGCCAGCCUGUCCAACGACUAUUCAUACGACAGGAUUGUGGUGUACAAGGACGAUUUGUUGAAUGCAGUAGUGCGGAAUUCAGCGAAACCCUUCAACUUCCAUGAGGCCUAUGAGCUGUCAGAGGAAGAGGCUCUGCGGAUUAGUGAUCAUUACCCAGUGGAGGUGAGCCUGAAGAAGAAACCUGUAACGAGACCCAAAGGCCAGUCAAAGGCAGUGAAACGCAAAGCAAGCUAAUAUGAAGGAACGUGGCUUAUCCCCCCCCACCCGCACACACACGCACACACAUGCACACACACACACACCCCACACGUUUGCAGGGGGUACCACCACCAACACAUUCUCAGGAAUUUGAAGAAACCAUUAUUGUUAUUGUUACGGAUGUUACUGUUUAUGUUUUUAUUGCUGUGUGUUGGAUUGAUAUGUAUUAUUUUAUUUCAAUUAUAUUAAACAGUCUGUUUGACAGACAUGGCAAAUAAAUCUGAACUUGAACUUGAAA